GUGAGGGGCAGACACAGAGGUUAGCGGGUUAGCACACACGAGCAGACUAUUAAAGCUAUUUUGAAAGUGACCCUGCAGUAAGACCCUCACUCACGCACACUCGAACACGCUCACACAGCUGCCGGGAACCAUGACAGAAGAUGACGGAUACGGUUGUCGUAGAGGGCCAAGUGAGACUUCGAGAAGGGAAAAAGUGGAAGAGCAGAUGGGUGAUUCUGCGGAAACCGUCGCCGGUAGCAGACUGUCUGUCUCUGCUGGUGUAUAAGGACCGUUCUGAGAGGAGUAAGGGUCAGCGGGAGAGGAGUCAGGCCACUCUGGGGGAUAUCUGUGGGCUGGAGGCUCUGCAGGGCUAUGAAGGAAUGAGCUACACUCUCACCGUCCUCUGCUUGUCCCAGUCCGUUACACUAGGCUUUGACAGCAGGGAAAACCUCCUGGCCUGGGACUCCCGCAUCCGCUACAGCCUGGGAGAGGUCCACAGAUUCAGUGUGAAUGUCCAGCCUGGCACCAAGCUAGAGAGCGGUCCAGCCAUACUCCACUUGUGCAAUAACCUGCUGGCUGUAGCCAGAGACAUCCCUCCAUCAGUUAUUGGCCAGUGGAGGCUGUCUGACCUAAGGCGAUACGGGGCAGUUCCCAAUGGAUUUGUCUUCGAGGGAGGGACACGCUGUGGUUAUUGGACUGGUGUCUUCUUUCUGGCCUGUACAGAGGGAGAACAGAUCAGCUUUCUGUUCGACUGUAUUGCUCGAGGCGUCUCUCCAAGCAGGGCACCGUUUGGAUUGCGGCCAAAUCUUCCAGACCCUGCUGCUAACCCGUGCUCUGUGGAGGAGAGGAUUAGUCAGGAGGCCAGUGAGCUGGAGAAGCGCCUCAGCCUGCUGUCUGUCAGCAGCCGCCACAGCAGCUCAGCAUCCCACUCCAGUUACAGCACUUCCCUGGCAGGAGAUGACCGCAGUAUAUCCAGCUCCUCCUCUGACACCAGCCGCUCAGACACCAGCAGUCGUCUGUCAGCCUGGCCCGACCCAGUCAGAUACCCCACCCCUUUAGAAUCCUCACCAAUGCUGUCAGGAACAACAGCACCAAAGCCUUUGAGUGCAUCUGUCAGUGCAUCCAGCGAUGAGCGUCUGUAUGGUGUAAUGAUGGGGGGACUCCGCCCUCCAUCCAAACCUCCACCACCCAGAGGGCUUCAGGAGACGGGGCGCCAGAGCUCAACCGACAGCGGCAUUGCCACAGCCAGUCACUCGUCAUAUUCCGGAAGCUUCUCAUCCUACACGGGCAGCUUGGACACUGGGCAGGGGGAGGCGGAUGAGUUUGGGUCCCUGUAUAGCCUCGUUUCAAACAUCCCAGUUCAGAGUGCGAGUGUGCAGUCUAAUACAAACCCCAACCUCAACACAGGCCAGAGACUUUUGCCACAAUUCCAGAACAUUUGUCCCGUUUCCCGGACACCAUCAAGAACAUCUUCUCUGGCACCAGAGAACAGGCCAGUGUGUGUUUGCCCUGUUUUCGGUGCAUCCCAAGAGCAGACCUCAGAGUACCAGGUGCCAGGUCACGUCCUGCCGCAAUAUGACACCCCCCGUAGGCUCAUCCAGCUCCACCCCUCAACUCAGGACACCGGGGCUCCACCUGCCCCAGACCGGAGGCCUGAGCCUGGGCUUUCAGGGCCUUCAGGAACUGCAGAAGCUGCUCCCAAACUGACUGCAUCAAUGAGAUUAAGUGGGAGUGGUGAAGGAAUAGCAGCCCCUGGAGGUUCCACCACACAGCGUCAUAUGAUCUGUCCCAUAUGUGGAGGAUUGAAGGUAAUGCCUUCUACACCUGCAGGAAUCUACCCCGUAUCUGCUCUACCUGACAAACCGAAGCAUGAGUUCAGCAGCAGUGCCAUGUCUGCAGGUGCUGAGGGCACAAGUAUGGACAUAACGGAGCACGUCUCAUCUCCGCAGGCAGAGGAGAAGAGCAGGUAUGAGCUGAUGAGUAGCUAUGGACAGCAGAAGUCAGCUUGGGAGACAGAGGGACGUGUAUCGGCAAUGCCUACAUUUCCCAUGAGCUCUCUGGGGCUUUUCAGACAAUCCUCUUUCUCUGAUCCGAAAGGCAAUUAUGUGUGCAUGGCAUUCAGCAUGGAGCCGUCCAGGAGAGCAGAGUUCAGUGCUAGAGAUGGGAGGUCAUUAGUCCUACCUGCUGAGGCUGGGUCCACAGUUACUGACCGGCUUCAGGGUGAUUCUGCCAAUUAUGUCAACAUCCCAGUUAGCCCCACAUCUAAAAGGCAGCUUCACUAUAUGGAGCUGGAUCUACAGGACAUACCAGAAACUGGGCACACUGUCAGAGGGACGUCCAGCACUAAAUAUGCCCACAUUGACAUCACUGCGACUGAAACAGCUCAAAGAGUCGGAGCCCAGCACGCUCAGGGCAGAGAGGAGAGACUGCAGGAGCUAGAGCAGAGGAGACGAGGAACACUUAACUGAACACACACCAGCACGACUAAGCCACGAAGAAACUCUCAUGACAUUCAUCACCACACAGUGCAUUACCUUUUUCUUUUUAAGCCUCUAGUUAAUGUUA